AAAAUUCUUUCACAGAAGGUAAAACAAACCAGGACUGAGAGGAAAAAUGAUGGCGUUUGUUUUAGUUGUUUUUUGGCUGACCACUGAGACAACAUUAGUGUGUGGUUUGAAUUUCACUUUGUCAAAGACGCGAGUUAUAUUAGGAACUACAGGAAAACUGUUCAUGACAUGUGAUGUUACCGAAAAGGAUGCUUCAGUAGUGUACGACCUCCAAAUUCGGAGAGAAACAAGCACCAAUUGGGAGACCUUGGCAUUUAUAGAAGCAGGUGUUACUGAAGACCCAGCUUUAAAUAAACGUAUUGUUAAUGACAAGGAUUUUGUUGUUGGUGGUAUUCUGGAUAAAGAAAACCCACUUAACACUCAUUUAACUUUACAAAUGAAUAUAGAGAAGAUGAUUUACGAUGAUGCCAGAGUAUACAUAUGUGAGAUGACGUAUAAAAGUCACCAUUCUGGAAGCACUUUCUCAAUUAAAAGAAAUGCAACACUUUUUAUUUUUGAAGCCGAGAAUAAAACGGAAGGACGAGCAGUUUCCGGCUUGAAUUUCACUUUGUCAAAGACGCGAGUUAUAGUAGGAACUACAGGAAAGCUGUUAAUGACAUGCCAGGUUACAGAAACAGACGUUGAUGUAUUCUAUAACAUACAGAUACGGCGAGAAACUAAUUCCGGAUGGCAGACAAUAGCACUUAUCGAAGCAGGUGUUACUGAAGUGCCAGCUUUACACAAGGACAUUGAUAAUGACAGGGAUUUUGUUGUUGGUGGUAUUCUGGAUAAAGAAAACCCACUGAACACUUAUUUGACUUUACAAAUGAAUAUAGAGAAGAUGACUUAUGGUGAUGCUAGAGUGUAUAGAUGUGAAAUGACGUAUAAAAGCAACAUUUCUGGAAGUGCUUUCUCUGAAACCAGAAAUGCCACACUUUUAAUUGAGGCUCCCGGCUUGAAUUUCACUUUUUCAAAGACGCGAGUUAUAGUAGGAACUACAGGAAAGCUAUUAUUGACAUGUCAGGUUACAGAAACAGAUGUUGAGUUCUUAUAUAGCAUACAGAUACGGCGAGAAACAAAUUCAGGAUGGCAGACUAUAGCAAAUAUCGAAGCCGAUGGAGUGCCAGCUUUACAUAAAGACAUUUGCAAUGACAGGGAUUUUGUUGUUGGUGGUAUACUGGAUAAAGAAAACCCACUGAACACUUACCUGACUUUACAGAUGAAUACAGAGAAGAUGACUUAUCAUGAUGCUAGAGUGUAUAGAUGUGAAAUGACGUAUAAAAGCAACAUUUCUGGAAGUGAUUUCUCUGAAACCAGAAAUGCCACGCUUAUAAUUGUUGACACAUUGCAAGAUUCAGAAUGUGUCCGCCAAACCAAUUCUGUGAUUGUUAGCGUGAUUUUGGGAGUGGCAAUUAUUUUGAUCACAAUUUAUGCAAGUUAUAUAACAGUGAUAAUGAGGAGAAUGCGAGGUAGAAAUCGUCAUUGUGAAAGAUGUGAAAUGCUUAACGCUGCACCAGUAAAUGACACAAGCGAAAUUCAAAACAGUUCAGACGAGGUAUAGAUAUCUCUCGUAAUAAAGGAGAAGAUACAUUGUGUACUUCGGGCUUAUUAUAUUGAAAUAAAUGUGGAUAAAAAAUUAUCGGCACAGUUUCCGUAUUUUGACAGUUUCAGAGAAUAAUAAUAAUAAACAGCGCAUAAAGUGUUCACAAUUUGCUUUUUUGUUGAACAGUAUCGUUAAAACAUAUAGGUUUUAAUAUUUCAAAUGCUUUUAAAGUUGCAAAUCUGAAGCACAAGAAAUAAAAUGUAGUUACAUUAAUAAAAUUUGGGUAAAAUGAAACAAUCCAUUUAUCCCUUUAUGGGUUUUCUCAGUGUGUUAAGACAAUAUUUAACAGCUUUUUCGUUCUUCAGUACAACUUCUUUACACCAAAGCACAUAAUAAGCGCAAAAUUGGCAUUGUAAAAAGACGUCCAAAAACGGCAAUAUUGUUUUUAUCAUUUUAAGACCUAGUUUUAUACGCAUGAGCAGAGGCCAUCCUACUAACAGUUGAACACCAUUAAAUAAUUUAAUUAUUUUUCUGCCGUAUAAUAUAGUUGACACUAAAUUGAUUUUUGUGUAUCAUUCUAUCAUUUUACAAUUAAUGUUUGCUUGAUAUUCAUUUUUUCAUGGAAAUAUAGAUUGUUAUACCCUUUAAUAAUUUGUUAGCGUAAAUGAACAAUAUAAGCACAAGGAAACAUCAUGCUGUGAGUAUAUACAUACCAAAUAGAGCCUAAUCCGUUUCUUUGAAAAAAAAGUAAUAACAAAUUGUACAUAUUUUAACAUAACAGGAAUUUCGCAAGAAUCAUCCAUGAAUUUAUGAGAAAUACUUUCUGCCUAACUGGCAAAUGAAGUAGAACAUUUUGAAUAAUAAAGGUUUUGUUUGUUUUGGAUUUAACGCCGUUUUUCAACUGUAUUUCAGUCAUGUAACAGCGGGCAGUUAACCUAACCAGUGUUCCUGGAUUCUAUACCAGUACAAACCUGUUCUCCGCAAGUAACUGUCAACUUCCCUCACAGGUAAUUCAAAUGAAAUUGCACAUCUUGCAUUUACAUUGUCUUGAAAUGUAAUUAUCUAAUGUAGUAAAAAGACGUAACAUCGCAAAUUCUCUCUGUUGACAUCUCUUUAGUCAAAUUACAGGCGAUAUUUUCUGUAUGUAAAAAUAAUUUGAAAUUGUAAUUAUUUUUCACUUCGACAGAUGAAUAUAAAACUUCAGUAUGUAAAAACAAAGCGGCCUGCAUCAUAACCAAGACUCCAUGAUACAAUCACAUCUAAACAGUCUUGAAGGAGUUGCAGUGGCUUCCGGUUCAGCACCAAAUUGAGUUCAAAAUCUUGACACUUACAUACAAAGCCAUGCACAAUGAGUACAUUGUCGAUAUGCUGGACAUGUACAAACCUCGUAGAGACUUAUGGUCGGCAAAUGGCCCAGUGUCUUUGGUUGUACCGAGGAGUCGAACAGUAAAGCAUGGUGACAAGAGUUUCAAGCAUGCAGCUCCAAAGCUUUGGAAUGCCCUCCCAGCAAGCA